AUGGACGCGCGGAACCCGCCGUCUGUCCGGGCCAGCGCUUUCAGCAUCGCCUCUCUCUUUGCAGCCGAGGCCUCGGAGGGCACCGCCCGCCGGGGCCCCGGGCCCUCUGACCGGGGGAAACUUCUCCGGCUACUAGGAUCCCCAGCCGGGAUGCACUUCAGCACCGUCACCAGGGACAUGGAAGCCUUCACGGCCAGCAGCCUGAGCAGCCUGGGGGCCGCGGGGGGCUUCCCGGGCGCCGCGUCACCGGGCGCCGACCCCUACGGCCCGCGCGAGCCGCCGCCGCCGCCGCCACGCUACGACUCGUGUGCCGCCGCGGCCACCCCCGGCGCCCCGGGCCCGCCGCCGCCGCCACACGCCUACCCGUUCGCGCCGGUCGCUGGGGCCACCACCAGCUCCGCCGCCGAGCCCGAGGGCCCUGGGGUUAGUUGCGCGGCGGCCGCCGCCAAGGCACCGGUGAAGAAGAACCCGAAGGUGGCCAGCGUGAGCGUGCAGCUGGAGAUGAAGGCGCUGUGGGACGAGUUCAAUCAGCUGGGCACCGAGAUGAUCGUCACCAAAGCCGGCAGGCGAAUGUUCCCUACCUUCCAAGUGAAGCUCUUUGGCAUGGACCCCAUGGCGGACUACAUGCUACUCAUGGACUUUGUGCCGGUGGAUGACAAGCGCUACCGGUACGCCUUCCACAGUUCCUCCUGGCUGGUGGCUGGAAAGGCAGAUCCUGCCACACCUGGCCGUGUGCACUACCACCCGGACUCACCGGCUAAGGGUGCACAGUGGAUGAAACAAAUCGUGUCCUUCGACAAGCUCAAGUUAACCAACAAUCUGCUGGAUGACAACGGCCAUAUUAUUCUCAACUCCAUGCACAGAUACCAGCCCCGCUUCCAUGUUGUCUAUGUGGACCCUCGUAAAGACAGUGAGAAAUAUGCAGAGGAGAACUUCAAAACCUUUGUAUUUGAGGAGACGCGCUUCACUGCAGUCACUGCCUACCAGAACCACCGGAUCACGCAGCUCAAGAUUGCCAGUAACCCCUUCGCCAAAGGCUUCCGGGACUGCGACCCAGAGGACUGGCCUCGGAACCACCGCCCUGGUGCGCUGCCACUCAUGAGCGCCUUUGCACGCUCGCGGAACCCUGUGGCUUCUCCCACGCAUCCCAAUGGCGCCGAGAAAGACGUGGCCGAAGCCCGGCGAGAUUUCGAUCGCGACGCGGGCGGGCCGCCCAUGCUCGGCGACCCUGCGCACCCUCCGCAGCUACUGGCGCGGGUGCUGAGCCCCGCGCUGCCCGGGGCCGGGGGCGCCGGCGGCCUCGUGCCACUGCCCGGCGCUCCCGGGGGCCGGCCCAGCCCCCCGCACCCUGAGCUGCGCCUGGAGGCGCCCGGCGCGUCCGAGCCGCUGCACCAUCACCCCUACAAGUACCCGGCCGCCGCCUACGACCACUACCUCGGGGCCAAGAGCCGGCCGGCGCCCUACCCGCUGCCCGGCCUGCGCGGCCACGGCUACCACCCACACGCGCACCCGCACCACCACCACCACCCGGCCGUAAGCCCGGCUGCCGCCGCCGCCGCCGCCGCCGCGGCCAACAUGUACUCGUCGGCCGGGGCCGCGCCACCCGGCUCCUACGACUACUGCCCCAGAUAA